UGGUGCUGUCCUUGCCUUGCCUGCACAGUUUCAGGACGAUUUGGAGAAAACUAUUGUCUGCCAUUGUGCGACAUAUGCAGCCCUGCAAUACUCACAGCCUGUGGGAUACCAUUUUUUGUUCCUCCUGCACUCUUGUCUCUAAGGGCCUCCAUGAGAAACAGAUAUGGAAUCAAGGGUUCUAUCUGUAAAGACAUUGGAGUUUCCUGUUUCUGCGUCUGGUGUGCCUGGUGUCAGAUGCAUCGUGAGUUAAAACAUCGCAAGAAGAUUCCCACUGUCGUCAAUGCACAGCCUCCCACCUUUGUCAAUGCACAGUCUCCCACCUUUGUCAAUGCGCAGUCUCCCACCUUUGUCAAUGCGCAGCCUCCCACCUUUGUCAAUGCGCAGCCUCCCACCUUUGUCAAUGCGCAGCAGAACGCUCCACAGAGGAUGGCUCCCCAACCUGUUUUCAUGAGCCAACCAUUCAUGGUGUCAUACUGA